AGGGUGGGGUCGUCAAGCGCCGGCGGAAGUGACGCACUUGUUGCUGCGGUGACGAGCUUGUCUUGGUGGUCGUUCGAUCUCGUUCAUUUCGUUUCGCUUUUUAGCACAAUCAUGUCCGGCGGUGGCGGAGAGUUUGGAAACCCCUUACGCAAGUUUAAGCUCGUCUUCCUUGGUGAACAGAGCGUUGGAAAGACAUCGCUGAUAACUAGGUUUAUGUAUGACAGCUUCGACAAUACUUAUCAGGCAACAAUUGGAAUUGAUUUUCUGUCAAAAACAAUGUAUUUGGAAGAUCGGACGGUUCGACUGCAGCUCUGGGAUACAGCCGGCCAGGAGCGAUUCCGCAGUCUGAUUCCCAGCUACAUCCGUGACUCCACUAUUGCUGUUGUAGUCUAUGAUAUUACAAAUUUGAACUCUUUCCAACAGACUUCAAAGUGGAUUGAUGAUGUACGGACAGAAAGGGGAAGUGAUGUCAUCAUUAUGUUAGUUGGAAAUAAAACUGAUUUGGCAGAUAAAAGGCAGGUUUCCAUGGAAGAAGGUGAGAGGAAAGCCAGGGAGCUAAACGUAAUGUACAUUGAAACCAGUGCUAAAGCAGGAUAUAAUGUCAAGCAGCUUUUCCGGCGUGUAGCUGCUGCACUUCCUGGUAUGGACAAUGCACCUGAAAAGAGCAAAGAAGACAUGAUUGACAUCAAACUGGAGAAACCACCUGAACCGCCAAUCAACGAGGGUGGUUGCUCCUGCUAAUGCUGGCACAAUCAAACUGUUCCUUAUUAGCCAGCAUCACCAAUUGCAUUACAGUCAUUGACUAGCCACCUUGCUCCCUCUUAAUGGUGUGCUGGCUCGGUAAUGUGUGAACGUGCUGCUACCGAGGUGUCAAACACACCAGGAGCUUCAUUCAGAAAAUUCAAUUUCAUUUCCUUCAGCUGCAUGGUUUAUUUAAGAUCUGAGAUCGAGUUUGAUUUUGUUAUGUUAUGUAUUGCACUCUUAACACUGAGCGAUGCAGUCCUCUACAUUGUACAGAAAUGUGUGCACGAUGUAAAAUGUUUGUGUGAAUAUGCAAAGAUGUUGCUGUAUCAGAUUUUCAAAAAAGGAAAAAUUGUCUGUGAUGAAGUCCUGAUAUGAGUAUGAGCUGAGGUGCUGAUGUUGGUUUGACCACAGAGAAUGCUUUUAUGAUGGUAGUAGAGUAUCAGAGCAACAUGUGUUCCACAAGACUCUUGGUAUCUAAUUGAUCUAGAAUGCUGCCUUGGGUGAUUUGUAAUAUAUUGGAGCAGCCUUCCAACAAUCCAUUGGCAUAGCAGUCUUAAUUUUUCUAUCAUUGAGCAAAGAUGCAAUGCAGGAUUAAUUAUUUGACAUCUUCUGAAUAUAUCUCAUGCUUUAUCAUAUGUGCACAAGCAUAUGGAGCUCAAGUGCAGACGAGGAAUGCAGUGGUCUUUGAAGUAAUUAAAGAUUUUCCUCUGAUUAGCCACUCAGUCUUCCUUCCAAAGAAGGCAGUGAUUAUGGCUUUAGGUACUCUUCAAAUAACUAAGAAAAAUUAUGCUUUAUAAAUUAAUUUUGUGACAUGUGAUGAAAUGGUUAAACAAUAGAGAAUUUUUUUUUAUUACUAUUUCCUUAAGUUACUUGGUCGAUAUCAAAAUAGAGGAUUCUUUUCAAAUAGCCCCAAUAGAUUUAAUUUACAAAAUUAAUCAGCGAUUUUGUAUUCUAAACGAAUAUUUGUUUCAUAGGCAGUUUUCAUAAAAAGUGUUAAAUAUGUAGUAAUGUUUAUGAUUUUGCUGAGAAAGGAUAUUUGAGAAUUUUAUUUGUUGAUGAAAAUAUCCAAGUGAUCACGGUGUUUGAUUAUAAUUUUCUGUAUUGAGCCACAAUGCUCUGAGACUAAAUGGAGUCUUUCUGAAUAGCCUUGCUGUAGUUGAAAGGAUGUUUUAAUGCAAGAUCAGUGAUAAAAUAGAAUAAAUAUUACUUGAAAUAACAGCUUUGUACACCGCUUAGUUUGUGAAUUAACAGUUUACUAGUAAACAUUCUCCAGGUGAGUUACAAUUUAUAGUUAUGUAUAGAUUCUGCACAGCUUCUGUACUAAAGGCGUAAUGUGUACCUGUUUAGAUUUAGGAGGGGCUAAUAUUGAUAUUUCAUGAGAUUUGUCCUUUAGUAAGUUCAGUUUUACAGCAAAGUAUUUAUGUGAAUGCCUCAAUUUUGGAAUCCUUUUAGUGGAUUAUGUGAAUUCUUAAAUGUAUUUGCUAUGGACAAUAUUUUGAUGUAAUUACUGUUUUCAACUAAUCAUAGCUUUUGGCUUACUCCCCCUAUAAGACUGUGUGUGAUGCACACUUGAGCCGCCCAUGUUCCUUCCAGUAUAAAUAUUCUUUAUGGGAUGCUGUGCAUAAGGUCACCUCAAAUUGAUAUAAUGUUAGUGCUAAUUUAGCAUUUUCUAUCAUAGUCCUACCAGAGGUGCAGAUUAAACAGAUUCUGACCAAUGCUCUUUCUUCAUUCUAGCUGCUAUUUAUUUAAGCCAAAGGGGAAAAUAUUAAAAUGUAAUGGUUGAUUUUAACUCAUUGGUCGACUUGAAAUUAACCUAGUUCUGGUAAAUAUUUUUAUACCUGUAACUAGAGAGUAUGAUAUCAUUGUCCCCUUAAAUAAUUAGAGAUUUUUGGUUCCAGAAAUCCUCCAUUUCUAUUUAGAAAUUAACUGGCAUAGAAUAAAAUGUUAAUAAAAAGCUGGAUAAAUGAAAUGAGCCAUAAAUAAUUGAUGUAGGAUUCUGGAUGUAGCAUUCUAUGCUCAAACAUUGUUACAGGAUAUAGGAUAUUUGAAAAUGAUCACAGCAUCACUAAAGUACAGUGAUUCACUGUGUCUCGUUUGAAAUUUGCAUCUUUAAUCACACUUAAAUGAGCAAUACGCCCUUAUUUGGAAGGAUAGGAACACAGUUAAUGGGUUGAUUUUGUCACUCAGUGAAUACUCCAUUUGAACUUUACCAUGUCUAAUCAGCUUCAUUCGAUGGUGAAGGUUUGUAAGGAUGAAGUUGCAACUGUUAUACAAAAUGCAGUUUUCCUAUAUGUCAUGACAACGAUUGUUGGUAUUCUAAUGCAAUCUGUGGAGGCCAGUGAUGAAGGAUAUUCUGUUGAAUAAUUUGAAAACAGCCAAAAAGAAUGGAAAAUAUCUGCAGGCAAAGUACCUGAGCAUCCUCCACCAGUUAUGUAUUUUUUGAAUAUUUAGAACAAUUGUCUUUUUGUUGUAAAUACUUAACAAUUAUAAUGUUCUCAUGUCUGUGUAUGCAUUUGCCAGUUUAAAAUCUUUGGAAAGGCAGUAAGACACUAACCCACUCUUCUUUAAUGAAGUUUAUGCCCUUAUCACUUAGAUUAGUUCAGCCUGUGUACCUGUGUCUGAAGUCUUGCAAAGAUAAAUGUCAUGUCAUUCAAAUAGUUCAUUGACACCAACUAUGUAAUAAAGAAGCUACUUAUGUCUUCAUAUUUCCUGUAAUAAGUGAUCUCAUUACAGCUAGUUAUUAGAUUAUUUGUAUUAAGGUUGUAAAGUAACAUCCUUGUAUCACACAAUAAAAUGAGCCAUUUCACCCCUGGU